GUCGACUCACCUAAAAGAGUCGGCUCGUUCGAGAACAACCAGCAGGUUAAACACGACGGGAAAAGAUUGACGUGAAUCCUACUUCCAUAAAAUUUUAUCGAGAGACUCUUAGGCGCUUUAGCUCUUGUUAAUUUCACCGAGAAUGCUUUUGUUUAGGUUUGGGGUUGUGUUGAGCUCCGAGCGCUCGGAUAUCGAGGUGUUUGUGUGUGGAUCCCGUCCCGAACUCGGCCACUGGGACUCACAGAACGCAGUCGCAAUGAAACCGAUGCGGACGCUGGCGUCCAGCUGCGACCCCUGUCUGUGGCUCGGGGAAGUGCAACUCAGCGAACCGUACACACACAAAUUCUGGUUCAAGUUCCUUAAGCGGAUUGAUGGGAAUUAUAUAUGGGAAGGUAACGGCCCACAUCACGACCGGGAGUUAGUGUACGACCAAAGCAACAUGGUGGACGGUGCGUACUGUAACCCGAUUGGUCACUGGAUCGAGUUGAGCGGCCACACGGAUGAGAUGAAGCACACGACAGACUUCUACUUCAGCGUUGCUGGACAACAGGCCAUGCACUUUUCCAAGAUCCUGCCCCGGGUAUGGCUGGGUAGUUGCCCUCGGCGUGUCGAGCACGUCACCCUGAAGCUAAAGCAUGAGCUGGGCGUCACGGCCGUGAUGAACUUCCAGACCGAGUGGGACGUCAUGAACAACUCGCAUGGCUGCCGGCGUGACCCCGACGAGAACAUGACCCCAGAGACCAUGAUGCACCUGUACAGAGACUGUGGUCUGGCUUACGUCUGGAUCCCGACCCCUGACAUGAGCACUGAGGGACGUGUGCGGAUGCUGCCCCAGGCCGUGUACCUUCUCUACGGGUUGUUAGAAAACGGUCACAGCGUGUACGUGCACUGUAACGCGGGCGUGGGUCGCUCCACAGCCGCCGUGUGCGGCCUGCUCAUGUACGUGCUCGGCUGGAGCCUCAGGAAGGUGCAGUACUACCUCACAGCCAGGAGGGCGGCGGUGUACAUCGACGAGGAAGCUUUGGUACGAGCGCAGGACGACUUCCUGUUGAAGUUUGGACGGUUACGUGUCCCGGUGUGUUGUUCUGAAAUGCAUGAAGGAGGACAACGUUAGAUAAAUACAUGAGUGUACACUUAAAAGGAUUGUUUUACUGUUUUAUUAUUUUACUGUUAUUUAAUUUCCUGCGCCCUUUUACUCCCAGUCUAAUUUUUGGAGAAUUAUUCAGGUUUUUCUCCUCUCACGUUUGGAUAUGAAUCACCUCCAUUUUUUUUUUUUGGUAAGAUUUUUCUUGUAAAGAUUUCUCUCUUUUUCAUCUUAUCUGUCCCGCUCUAUCUUGUUGCUGACAAAAUGGUCAUUUUGCAAAAGGGCACCUUGGAGAUGUUGGCGGCUCGGCUGCUCGCGCACACGACCGUUAUCGUUAUUCCGUGGAACGAUUUUCCAAAUUUAAUAUCCUGCUAAAUCUUUCUGUGAAUGCUCAGCACGGAAGCUAUAUUUAGAUCGGACCUUUUGCUCGCACCGAGGCAGGGUGUGAAAGCAUCGUGGCCUUUUGAAUAAAUGGGUGGCAAUUCUGUCACCGUCCAUGAAGGUUUAUUGAGAGGAAGAAAAUACUCGAAGAGGUGAAGCUGGUAAAUUAUUCAGAAGACGUCCGUGAGAGAGAUUUUAAAAUCGGAAAACAUCCUGCUCUCGCUCGUGUUCUGUCUCAGAAAAGAAAAAGUCUUCUUUGUUCUGUCCGUCGUCUAUCCUCUCAUGCUUCACAGCGCCGCUUUAAAAUCUCUCGUUCAUUUCUUCUGUUUAAUUUUCCCCUGCAUGUCAGGGAGCUCAGGGUGUCUUUACUUUUGAGCACAAUUUGCUACUUUUGCUGAGGACGAGGUUUCUGCAGAGCUCUAGUGAUGUUCUACAAACCACUCAGUGUUCAUUGGGGUACAAGCAGUGAGCUCUUAAUACCUUGAGGUGUGUGUGUGUAUGUAAAUGUGUGUGAAUGUGUGAGUGAGUGUGUGAGUGAGUGUGUGUGCGUGCGUGUGUUUGUGUGUGUGUGUCUGUGUGUGUGUGUGCAUGAGUGUGUGUGUUUGUGUAUGUGUCUGUGCAUGAGUGUGUGUGUGUGUGUGUGUGUGUGUGUGUGUGUGUGUGUGUGUGUGUGUGUGUGUGUAAAAUCAGAUUUGUGCCACAUUCUUUCCAUCUUGUAAUAAUGUGUUUGUGAGAUCUUUAAUAUCUGAUUCUUUUGGUCUUAACGAUGCUCAUUGUUUACGUUUGUUCUCUAAUAAUUAAAUAUUUUUCUAUUCACAUCA